AUGACUUACAGGAGCCAGGUCCGAGGGCGGAAUGUAUUCUCGCGAGUUUGUAUAAUCUUGGGUGCACAAGCCAAGGGUGCGUGUGAGGACAUCAAUCCUGCCCGCCCUGGCUCUCUGGAGGAGGUUCCUGGACACAAUCCUUUUGUUCUAAACAGUCUUCUCUCUUGCUGCGGCAGGACUAUGGCAGACCAGGAAGCCACUCAGAGCGGCUCUCUGAGCCUGCCUUCAGCUCAUGACCUAAGAGACAACUUCCUGCAGAUGCCCAGCCAGGAGGCCAGCAGCGCGGCGUUUAGUUCUCUGGAAGCCUUUUCUUCGCCUCGUUCCUCUGAUGUGGAUCCAGGCACCAGUAACCCAAACACGGAACAAGAUGAUUCCCAGGCCUCUGAGAACUUCUGGCUUGACCCUUCUUUGAAAAGUCAACCAGAAACCCAGCAGGAAGAUGAUGAGCUUCGGAAAUCCCUGGAUAGGUUCUAUGAAAUGUUUGGCCACCCACAGCAGGCCUCUGGAAACCCACUCUCUGCAUCGGUCUUCCAGUGCCUGUCUCAGAAAAUCGCUGAACUGAAGGACCAGGAGAGGCAGAAGUACGCCCUCCGCAGUUUGCAAAUGGCCCGGGUCAUCUUCAGCCGGGAUGGCUGCUCUGCCUUGCAAAGGCAUUCCAGGGACAUCUCCUUCUACCCGCUGGAGGAAGGAAGUGUUUCUCUGGAAGGGGAAAAGCCGAUCCCAGGACUUUCCAAAGAUAUCAUUCAGUUCCUCUUGCAGCAGAAUGUGAUGAAAGACCCCUAACUUGGGGAGAUCUGGGGGCCAUGUUAGAAGGAUUGCUCUUGGUCAACCACCUGAUCCCCUGGGCAUCCUAUCCCUGCUCCAUGUGCCUGUCUGCCAGCGUCUGGGUGCCUUACAGUUCAGGAAGGGCCUGUGACCUGGCACUGGAACCAGGGCAGCCCAUAUGCAGAGCCAGUGGUUUCUGGGAGCUUGGUGUUCCCAUGAGCACCCUCCCUCUUACCCACCCUGCUUUCUUUGGCCUGAGCCCCGUAACUGACGGCUUUGGAAGCCCCAAAGCCCAGCUCCUUAAGAAGGACACAUUCUGGGGACUAAUAUGUGCUCCAACUUCCCCCUCAGGAGCACGUUGAAAGUGGGCUUCACCCGGAAUCCCAGACCCUUUCUCUACUCCUCUCCUUCCCUGCCCUCUCCUCCCAUUCACUUACUGGUGUCACCUGGGAGGGCUUCCUUCCGAAAUCUCAUACACCUCAAGCCUUGACUACUUCUGCCUUAAGGGAACAGGCUUCCACUGGAUGCGUUUUUAGAAAUGUGUAAAGCUGGGUGAUGAAUCCAGUAGGAAGAGCUACGCCAAGUGACACGGAGGCCGCGUGACGGAGACCGUUUGUCCUCAAAUAAACAGACCUAUGCCCAGUUCCCAAAACUGUGUCACAUCUAAAUCAUACCCUGGCCUCUUCUCAAAAGCUGGAACUCUCUAUUGGAUAAUACUAACCAGGGAAGCAGGGAACAUUUGGGGAGCUAAAAUCCACACUUAAAAAAAACGUCUCUGUGAAAAGCGAGAAGAAAACAAAUGUGGAC